UCAUGUGUACAACGACGGGGCUCGGCGCCUUCACAUGCGACGCGCAGCCGUACUGAAAGAAGUAAACAUCAAUGCAUCACAGGCUCGGAGCAGCCAUCUCCAUCGGCCUGCGUUCGCCGGUGUAUAACAACUAGCUCGUCAUUCGCUGGGGGGCAGUGUGGAAGACGUUCCCUUACAGCCGAGGCUGGUAACUAGCGUCGAGUGGAGAAUGUAAGGGAAGCUUAAUCCUCCGCGUACAAAGGCCCCAUUCUCCGCACUUCUCUCCCGCAUUUGCACUCACGAGACUUUGUUUGCACUUUCUUUCGUCUCCACAUUUACACACGUCGCGAUGUCUCCACGCGUUAUUGUUGUUGGUGCUGGCUUGUCCGGCUUGAGCGCUGCUCACACUAUCUACCUUGCCGGUGGCAAUGUUGUUCUCCUCGACAAGAACAACUUCAUGGGAGGCAACUCCACCAAGGCCACAUCUGGAAUCAACGGUGCCCUGACAAGGACGCAAGUUGACCACCAGAUUGGCGAUAGCGUCAAGCAGUUUUACGACGACACACUCAAGUCUGCGCGAGACAAGGCGCGACCAGACCUGAUCAAGGUCUUGACGUACAAGUCCGCCGCUGCUGUCGAGUGGUUGAUGGAUGUCUUCAACCUGGACCUGACUCUCGUUUCGCGAUUGGGUGGCCACUCCCAGCCCCGAACUCACCGUGGUCACGAUGCCAAGUUCCCCGGUAUGGCCAUCACAUAUGCCCUGAUGCAGCGAUUCGAGGAGUUGGCUACGGCAGAGCCAGACCGCGUUCAGCUUGUCAAGAAGGCCAAGGUCACCAGCGUCAAUAUUGAGAACAACCGCGCUACCGGUGUCACAUACACAUUUGGCGGUGAGGAGACAACAGUCGAGGGCCCGGUUAUUCUGGCGACUGGUGGCUACGCUGCCGAUUUCACAGAGGACUCGCUCCUGAAGAAGCACAGGCCAGACACCUUUGACCUGUCAACCACCAACGGUGCCCAUGCCACUGGUGACGGGCACAAGAUGUUGAUGAAGAUCGGUGCCAACGGCAUCGACAUGGACAAGGUCCAGGUUCACCCAACUGGUCUCGUAGACCCCAAGGACCCUACGGCCAAGACAAAGUUCUUGGCUGCUGAAGCUCUCCGUGGUGAGGGCGGUAUUCUCCUCAACGGCAAGGGCAAGCGCUUCUGCGACGAUCUCGGUCACCGCGACUACGUUUCCGGCAAGAUGUGGGAGGAGAAGGAGAAGGGCACAUGGCCCAUCCGCCUCAUCCUCAACUCCAAGGCCUCCAACGUUCUCGACUUCCACACCAGGCAUUACUCUGGCCGUGGCCUGAUGAAGAAGAUGACCGGCGCAGAGCUCGCCAAGGAGAUUGGUGUCAGCGACAAGGAGCUUCAGGAGGAGUUCCAGAGCUACAACGCUAUCGCUAAGGGCGAGAAGAAGGAUGUCUGGGGCAAGAAGUACUUCCACAACCUGCCCCUUGACAUCGACGAUACUUUCCACGUCGCACAUAUGGAGCCCGUGCUCCACUUCACCAUGGGUGGUAUUGAAAUCAACGACCAGGCACAGUGCUUGAACAACGAUGGCAAGCCAUUCGAUGGCCUGUACGUCUGCGGUGAGCUUGCAGGUGGCGUCCACGGUGCCAACCGUCUCGGUGGCUCAUCACUACUUGGCUGCGUCGUCUACGGUCGUGUAGCUGGUGACUCUGCGUCCAAGUACCUCUUCCAGCAAGCGCUGAACUCGACUGGCGGCUCGGCUGUCAACCGUCUCGGCCAGAUCUCCCUGCACAUCGACCCAUCAACACCCGGCAAGAUCUCAGUCGAGUGGGGCAACGGCACCAGCAGUGGUGCUUCGGGGUCUGAGGGCCAAGACAAGGUCGCACAGCAAUCACAGCUAUCGGCGGCACCGGUCAUGAAGAGCGGCUCCGACUCAAGCGACCCCGGUAAGGUGACAAAGCCCAACGAGCCGGCCAAGUUCUCCAUCCCAGACAAGGAGUUUUCGCUCGAGGAGAUUGCGAAGCACAACAAGAAGGACGAUCUAUGGAUCGCAGUAAAGGGCAUUGUCAUGGACGUGACCAACUGGACAGACGAACACCCAGGUGGUCCUCAGGCGCUGUUCAGCCACAUGGGCAAGGACGCGUCGGAGGAGUUUGAGAUGCUGCACGACGAUGAAGUGAUCCCCAAGUACGCGCCCGAGAUUGUCAUCGGAAGGGUCAAGGGGCAGGAGGUGACGCUUGAGUAUUAA